CGUGUUGUGUCCUCAGCAGGUGACACAGGAGUGGGGAUAGCCCGGCCGCCACCAUGGUUGCCCUCUCGCUGAAAAUCAGCAUUGGCAAUGUGGUGAAGACGAUGCAAUUUGAGCCCUCCACCAUGGUGUACGACGCCUGCCGCAUGAUCCGGGAGCGCGUGCCCGAGGCACAGAUGGGACAGCCCAAUGAUUUUGGGCUGUUCCUCUCGGAUGAAGACCCAAAGAAGGGGAUCUGGCUGGAGGCUGGGAAGGCACUGGACUACUACAUGCUUCGCAAUGGGGAUACUAUGGAAUACAAGAAGAAGCAGCGGCCCCUGAAGAUCCGCAUGCUGGAUGGGACUGUGAAAACUGUUAUGGUUGAUGACUCCAAGACCGUCACAGACAUGCUGAUGACAAUAUGUGCUCGAAUUGGCAUCACCAACUAUGAUGAGUACUCACUCGUUCGGGAGAUCAUGGAGGAGAAGAAGGAGGAAGUCACUGGCACCCUCAAGAAGGACAAGACCCUGCUGCGGGAUGAGAAGAAGAUGGAGAAACUCAAGCAGAAGUUGCACACUGAUGACGAGUUGAACUGGCUGGACCAUGGCCGGACUCUGCGUGAACAAGGCAUCGAUGACAAUGAGACACUACUGCUGCGACGGAAGUUCUUCUACUCUGACCAGAACGUGGACUCACGAGAUCCUGUACAGCUCAACCUGCUCUACGUGCAGGCACGCGAUGACAUCCUUAACGGUUCCCAUCCCGUCUCAUUUGACAAAGCGUGUGAGUUUGCUGGCUACCAGUGCCAGAUCCAGUUCGGGCCACACAACGAGCAGAAGCACAAGCCAGGCUUUCUGGAGCUGAAGGACUUCCUGCCGAAGGAGUAUAUCAAGCAGAAAGGGGAACGCAAGAUCUUUAUGGCCCACAAGAACUGCGGGAACAUGAGCGAGAUCGAGGCCAAAGUUCGCUAUGUCAAGCUGGCCCGCUCCCUCAAGACCUAUGGGGUCUCCUUCUUCCUAGUCAAGGAGAAAAUGAAGGGGAAGAACAAGCUGGUGCCACGUCUGCUGGGGAUCACUAAGGAAUGCGUGAUGCGUGUGGAUGAGAAAACCAAGGAAGUGAUUCAGGAGUGGAGCCUGACCAACAUCAAGCGCUGGGCAGCCUCCCCCAAGAGCUUCACUUUGGAUUUUGGAGAUUACCAGGAUGGCUACUACUCGGUGCAGACAACAGAAGGGGAGCAGAUCGCCCAGCUGAUUGCUGGCUACAUCGAUAUCAUCCUGAAAAAGAAAAAGAGCAAAGACCACUUUGGUCUGGAGGGAGAUGAGGAGUCCACCAUGCUGGAAGACUCGGUGUCUCCAAAGAAGUCAACCGUCCUGCAGCAGCAGUUUAACCGUGUGGGCAAGGCAGAGCUGGGCUCGGUUGCACUGCCAGCCAUCAUGCGCACAGGGGCCGGAGGGCCAGAGAACUUCCAGGUGGGGACAAUGCCCCAGGCCCAGUUGCAAAUCACCAGUGGCCAGAUGCAUCGAGGGCACAUGCCUCCUCUGACUUCAGCACAACAGGCACUAACAGGUACCAUCAACUCCAGCAUGCAAGCUGUGAAUGCAGCCCAGGCCACACUGGAUGACUUCGAGACCUUGCCGCCCCUCGGGCAGGAUGCCGCUUCCAAAGCCUGGCGCAAAAACAAGAUGGAUGAGUCCAAGCAUGAGAUCCACUCCCAGGUGGAUGCUAUCACUGCCGGCACAGCCUCAGUGGUCAACCUCACUGCAGGGGAUCCGGCUGACACAGACUACACAGCUGUGGGCUGCGCUGUCACCACCAUAUCUUCUAACCUGACUGAGAUGUCCAAGGGCGUGAAGCUGCUGGCUGCCCUGAUGGAAGAUGAGGGAGGAAAUGGGCGGCAGCUCCUGCAGGCAGCCAAGAACUUGGCUAGUGCCGUCUCAGACUUGCUGAAGACAGCACAGCCCGCCAGUGCUGAGCCCCGCCAGAAUCUCCUGCAGGCUGCUGGCCUUCUGGUGGAGGAGGAGCUGGACCGGGCCCAGGAGCGCCUGGCCACCGCCCUGCAGAAGCUGGAAGAGGCUGAGAAGGCGGCAGAUGAGAGCGAGAGAGGCAUGAAGGUCAUUGAAAACAGGGCCAUGAAGGACGAGGAGAAAAUGGAACUCCAGGAAAUGCAGCUGAAGGAGGCCAAGCACAUAGCGGAAGAGGCCGAUCGCAAAUAUGAGGAGGUGGCCCGCAAGCUGGUGGUCCUUGAGGGAGAGCUGGAGCGCUCGGAGGAGCGGGCAGAGGUGGCGGAGAGUCGAGUGAGACAGCUGGAGGAGGAGCUGCGGACCAUGGACCAGAGCCUCAAAUCCCUCAUUGCCUCAGAGGAAGAGGUACUGGGGCAAGGUAAAUGUGGUGACCUAGAGGAGGAGCUGAAAAUUGUCACCAACAACUUGAAGUCUCUGGAGGCCCAGGCUGACAAGUAUUCCACCAAGGAGGACAAGUAUGAGGAGGAAAUCAAGCUUCUAGGGGAGAAACUGAAGGAGGCUGAGACCAGGGCAGAAUUUGCUGAGCGGUCUGUGGCAAAGUUGGAGAAAACCAUUGAUGACUUAGAAGACGAAGUAUAUGCACAGAAGAUGAAGUACAAAGCCAUCAGCGAGGAGCUGGACAAUGCCAUCAAGAAGAAGAUGCAGAUGCUCAAACUGGACAAGGAGAACGCCAUCGACCGUGCCGAGCAGGCGGAGGCUGACAAGAAGCAGGCAGAGGAUCGCUGCAAGCAGCUGGAGGAGGAACAGCAGGGCCUGCAGAAGAAGCUGAAGGGCACAGAAGAUGAGGUGGAGAAAUACUCUGAAUCUGUCAAGGAGGCCCAGGAGAAGCUGGAGCAGGCGGAGAAGAAAGCCACGGACUCCAUCGCUGCAGCCACAAGUGCCUUGGUGAAAGCGGCCUCCGCAGCCCAGCGAGAAUUGGUGGCCCAAGGAAAGGUGGGAGUCAUCCCGGCCAAUGCAGUGGAUGAUGGACAAUGGUCCCAAGGACUCAUUUCAGCUGCACGCAUGGUGGCUGCUGCCACCAACAACCUCUGCGAAGCUGCCAAUGCAGCAGUGCAGGGCCACGCCAGUGAGGAGAAACUGAUCUCAUCAGCCAAGCAGGUGGCUGCCUCCACAGCACAGCUACUGGUGGCCUGCAAGGUGAAGGCUGAUCAUGACUCAGAGGCUAUGAAGAGGCUCCAGGCUGCUGGCAACGCUGUGAAGAGAGCAUCGGACAAUCUGGUGAAGGCAGCACAGAAGGCAGCUGCCUUCCAGGACCAUGAUGAGACAGUCGUGGUGAAGGAGAAGAUGGUGGGAGGAAUUGCACAGAUCAUUGCCGCCCAGGAGGAGAUGCUGCGCAAGGAGCGGGAGCUGGAGGAGGCGCGUAAGAAGCUGGCCAUGAUCCGGCAGCAGCAGUACAAGUUCCUGCCCACUGAGCUGCGGGACGAGGAGCAGAACGUAGCCAAGUCGGCAGAGGGCUGUGUGGAGGCCUCUAAGGCAGCCACCAAUGAUGACCAACUGCUGAAGCAGGUGGGGGUGGCAGCCACUGCCGUCACCCAGGCCCUCAAUGACCUGCUGCAGCACAUCAAGCAGCACGCCACGGGUGGGCAGCCCAUCGGGCGCUACGACCAGGCCACUGACACCAUCCUGAACGUUACUGAGAACAUAUUCAGCUCCAUGGGCGAUGCAGGGGAAAUGGUGCGCCAGGCUCGUAUUCUGGCCCAGGCCACCUCCGAUCUCGUUAAUGCUAUUAAAGCUGACGCAGAGGGAGAGACUGACCUGGAGAAUUCACGCAAGCUGCUGAGUGCAGCCAAAAUCCUGGCUGAUGCCACCGCCAAGAUGGUGGAGGCUGCAAAGGGGGCUGCCGCCCAUCCCGACAGCGAGGAGCAGCAGCAGCGGCUGCGGGAGGCAGCAGAAGGGCUGCGCAUGGCCACCAACGCUGCAGCUCAGAACGCCAUCAAGAAGAAGUUGGUGCACAAGCUGGAGCACGCGGCCAAGCAGGCAGCCGCCUCCGCCACCCAGACCAUCGCCGCCGCACAGCAUGCCGCUGCCUCCAACAAGAACCCUGCUGCACAACAGCAGCUGGUGCAGAGCUGCAAGGUGGUGGCAGAUCAGAUCCCCAUGCUGGUGCAGGGCGUGCGAGGAAGCCAGUCGCAGCCAGACAGCCCCAGCGCCCAGCUGGCUCUCAUCGCCGCCAGCCAGAACUUCCUGCAGCCCGGUGGGAAGAUGGUUGCCGCAGCUAAGGCCACUGUGCCCACCAUCACUGACCAGGCCUCAGCCAUGCAGCUCAGCCAGUGCGCCAAGAACCUGGCCGCAGCCCUGGCUGAGCUCCGCACAGCUGCACAGAAGGCGCAGGAGGCCUGUGGGCCCCUGGAGAUCGACUCAGCACUGGGCCUGGUGCAGAGCUUGGAGAGGGACCUGAAGGAGGCCAAGGCGGCCGCCAGGGAUGGCAAGCUGAAGCCUCUGCCGGGAGAGACGAUGGAGAAGUGUGCGCAGGACCUGGGGAACAGCACCAAGGCCGUCACCUCUGCCAUCGCUCACCUCCUGGGCGAGGUAGCCCAGGGCAAUGAGAACUACACAGGCAUCGCUGCCCGGGAGGUGGCCCAGGCCCUGCGCUCACUCAGCCAGGCUGCCCGCGGUGUGGCGGCCAACAGCUCAGACCCUCAGGUGCAGGGCGCCAUGCUGGAGUGCGCUAGCGAUGUGAUGGAUAAGGCCAACAACCUCAUCGAGGAGGCACGGAAAGCCGUGGCCAAGCCUGGGGACCCUGACAGCCAGCAGCGCUUGGUGCAGGUGGCCAAGGCGGUGUCACAGGCUCUGAAUCGCUGUGUGAACUGCCUGCCUGGGCAGCGGGAUGUGGAUGCUGCCAUCCGCAUGGUGGGAGAGGCCAGCAAGAGGCUGCUCUCAGAUUCGUUCCCUCCCAGCAACAAGACCUUCCAGGAGGCGCAGAGCCAGCUGAACCGGGCGGCUGCAGGGCUCAACCAGUCUGCCAACGAGCUGGUGCAAGCGUCACGCGGCACACCUCAGGACCUGGCCAAAUCCUCUGGCAAAUUUGGACAGGACUUCAAUGAGUUCCUGCAAGCAGGAGUGGAAAUGGCCAGCCUGUCUCCGAACAAAGAAGACCAGGCGCAGGUGGUGUCAAACCUGAAGAGCAUCUCCAUGUCCUCCAGCAAGCUGCUGCUGGCAGCAAAGGCGCUUUCUGCUGACCCCACAGCCCCCAACCUCAAGAGUCAACUGGCAGCAGCAGCACGGGCCGUGACUGACAGCAUUAACCAGCUGAUCACCAUGUGCACCCAGCAGGCACCAGGCCAGAAGGAGUGCGACAAUGCUCUGAGGGAACUGGAGACGGUGAAGGAGCUGUUGGAGAACCCCACCCAGACUGUCAAUGACAUGUCCUACUUCAGUUGCCUGGAUAGUGUCAUGGAGAACUCCAAGGUGCUGGGUGAGUCCAUGGCUGGCAUCUCCCAGAAUGCAAAGAACAGCAAGCUGCCCGAGUUUGGAGAGUCCAUCAGCGCAGCCUCCAAAGCUCUCUGCGGGCUCACGGAAGCAGCAGCCCAGGCUGCCUACUUGGUGGGAGUUUCUGAUCCCAACAGCCAGGCUGGACAGCAGGGCUUGGUAGACCCCACUCAGUUUGCCAGAGCUAACCAGGCCAUCCAGAUGGCCUGCCAGAACCUGGUGGAUCCUGCCUGCACACAGUCUCAGGUGCUGUCAGCAGCCACCAUUGUGGCAAAGCAUACCUCAGCCCUGUGCAACACCUGCCGCCUGGCCUCCUCCCGCACCGCCAACCCUGUCGCCAAGCGGCAGUUCGUCCAGUCAGCUAAGGAGGUGGCCAACAGCACAGCGAACCUGGUGAAGACUAUCAAGGCCCUGGAUGGUGCCUUCAAUGAGGAGAACCGGGAGCGGUGCCGCGCAGCCACAGCUCCUCUCAUAGAGGCUGUGGACAACCUGACAGCCUUUGCCUCCAAUCCAGAGUUUGCCACUGUUCCUGCCCAGAUCAGCCCUGAGGGACGCAGAGCCAUGGAGCCCAUUGUCAUAUCUGCCAAGACGAUGCUGGAGAGCUCUGCUGGCCUCAUUCAGACUGCCCGUUCCCUGGCUGUCAACCCCAAGGACCCACCACAGUGGUCGGUGCUGGCUGGCCACUCUCGGACUGUCUCAGACUCCAUCAAGAAACUCAUCACGAACAUGAGGGACAAAGCUCCUGGACAGCGGGAGUGUGAUGAGGCCAUUGAGGUCCUGAACAGAUGCAUGCGGGAGGUGGACCAGGCCUCCCUUGCAGCCAUCAGCCAGCAGCUGGCCCCCCGAGAAGGUAUCUCCCAGGAGGCUUUGCAUAACCAGAUGAUCACGGCUGUUCAGGAGAUCAACAACCUGAUAGAACCUGUGGCCAGUGCAGCACGGGCUGAAGCCUCACAGCUGGGACACAAGGUGUCCCAGAUGGCUCAGUACUUCGAGCCACUCAUUUUGGCAGCUAUCGGUGCUGCCUCCAAAACACCCAACCACCAGCAGCAGAUGAACCUCCUGGACCAGACCAAAACUCUGGCUGAGUCUGCCCUGCAGAUGCUGUACACAGCCAAGGAGGCUGGUGGGAACCCCAAGCAAGCUGCCCACACACAGGAGGCUCUGGAGGAGGCCGUGCAGAUGAUGAAGGAGGCAGUGGAGGAUCUGACCACCACGCUCAAUGAGGCAGCCAGCGCUGCAGGCGUUGUUGGGGGCAUGGUGGACUCCAUCACCCAAGCCAUCAACCAGCUGGAUGAGGGACCAAUGGGUGAGCCAGAGGGGACAUUUGUGGACUACCAGACCACAAUGGUGAAGACAGCCAAGGCUAUUGCGGUGACUGUGCAGGAGAUGGUCACCAAAUCCACCACCAACCCAGAUGAGUUGGGCAUACUGGCCAACCAGCUUACUAAUGACUACGGGCAGCUGGCACAACAGGCCAAGCCAGCUGCGCUCACUGCUGAAAAUGAGGAGAUUGGCUCCCACAUCAAGCGCCGGGUACAGGAGCUCGGCCAUGGCUGUGCUGCCCUGGUGACCAAGGCCGGAGCCUUGCAAUGUAGCCCCAGUGAUGCCUACACCAAGAAGGAGCUGAUAGAGAGUGCACGCAAGGUCUCUGAGAAGGUGUCCCAUGUGCUGGCAGCCCUGCAGGCUGGGAACCGUGGGACUCAAGCCUGUAUCACUGCAGCCAGUGCUGUCUCUGGCAUCAUUGCUGACCUCGACACCACCAUCAUGUUUGCCACAGCAGGAACUCUCAAUCGGGAGAACUCUGAAACCUUUGCUGACCACAGGGAGGGCAUUUUGAAGACAGCCAAGGCAUUGGUGGAGGACACCAAGGUGCUGGUGCAGAACGCCACCGCCAGCCAGGAGAAGCUAGCCCAGGCUGCCCAGUCCUCUGUGUCCACCAUCACCCGCCUGGCCGAGGUGGUGAAGCUGGGUGCUGCCAGCCUGGGAUCUGAAGACCCAGAGACUCAGGUGGUUCUGAUCAAUGCUGUGAAGGAUGUGGCCAAAGCGCUUGGGGACCUGAUCGGUGCCACCAAAGCAGCUGCUGGCAAAGCUGGGGACGAUCCUGCUGUCUAUCAGCUGAAGAACUCUGCCAAGGUGAUGGUCACCAACGUCACUUCCUUGCUGAAGACAGUGAAGGCUGUUGAGGAUGAGGCCACAAAGGGGACACGAGCACUGGAGGCCACAAUAGAGCAUAUCCGCCAAGAACUGGCGGUCUUCUCCUCCCCAGUGCCUCCUGCCCAGGUCUCAACCCCAGAGGACUUCAUCCGAAUGACAAAAGGCAUCACGAUGGCCACAGCCAAAGCUGUGGCUGCUGGUAACUCAUGUCGGCAGGAGGAUGUCAUCGCUACUGCCAACCUGAGCCGCCGUGCCAUUGCCGACAUGCUGCGCUCCUGCAAGGAAGCUGCCUACCACCCAGAGGUGAGCACAGAUGUGCGGCAGCGGGCGCUGCGCUUCGGCAAGGAGUGUGCUGAUGGCUACCUGGAGCUGCUGGAGCAUGUGCUGGUGAUUCUGCAGAAGCCAACUCAUGAGCUGAAGCAGCAGCUGGCUGGGUACUCCAAGCGGGUGGCCAGCUCUGUCACCGAGCUCAUCCAGGCAGCCGAGGCCAUGAAGGGGACGGAGUGGGUUGACCCAGAAGAUCCCACGGUCAUUGCUGAGAAUGAAUUGCUGGGUGCAGCAGCUGCCAUCGAGGCUGCAGCCAAGAAGCUGGAGCAGCUGAAACCAAGGGCCAAGCCCAAGCAAGCGGAUGAGAGCCUGGACUUUGAGGAGCAGAUCCUGGAGGCUGCCAAAUCCAUCGCUGUGUACACCUAA